AUGCCGGAUCCUUUCGUGAAGGGUGAAAUUCAUGAGAAGAAGGUCAUGCUGAGUGUCUGGCGGGGAGUUCAUGGAAUCUACGGUUUUGAACUGUUGCCGGACAACACGACAGUUACUGCCGAGGUCUACUCAACUACAAAGACUGGCCGACAAGAUCCGCAAGGAGCACCCGAAGCUCGACAACGUUCGCCUGCUGCACGAUAA